CCAUAUCCCACUCUUGCAUUGCUCUGCCCACGUCGCUCUUUUCUCACCUCGUUCUCUCCAUCUUUGUCCGCCCAAGCGCGUCGGAUGAUCUAGCAGCGGAGCCUGCUCCCAGGAGCUGAGCAUCAGGUUGCCACUGGUCUACCUGCUUCGCUGCAGCUCGGGAUCACAGGGGGGGCUGGCCUGUGAAGCUCUCGUCCACCACACACCAUGGAGCUGGUCUCGGGCCUGGUGGCGCGCUUCCUCGGGCCGCUUUGGGCGUGGAUUGAAGCGACUCCCGUGCACGUCCUCUUCGUGUGCUUUGUCGCGCUCGUCCUCCUCGGGUUCAUCUGCCUCUUCCUGCUCCUCCACCUUGUCGCGCCGAAACCCCGACCCGUCCUACCGUCAGAAAAGACAUACAUAACCUCGAGCCCCUCGGGCACGCCGACCGCGCCCCGACAGCUCCCCUGCUGGCAUGACCGCUGGCAGGCCGAGCGACGCCUCAGCGAGGAGCGGGCCAAGCCCCAGGAGGCAUACCCCAUGCCAGACGCCGGCUCCAUUGAGCCCGCCGAGCUGUACCUGAGCGUCGUGUUCCCGGCCUACAACGAGGAGGACCGUAUCAUUCCGACGCUGGAGGAGGCGGUGGAGUACCUCGACAAGCACAUCGGUCGGGCGACGGACCAUAAGGCCGUCCGCAGCCCCUCUCGACGGCGACAUGUCCGCGCUCACUCGGCCGAAAGUGAGCCUGAGAAGCAGCUCUCUGGCUACGAGAUUAUCGUUGUAAACGAUGGUAGCAAGGACAGGACGGUAGACGUUGUGCUCGAGUUCGCGACCAAGCACCAGCUGCACGACGUCAUCCGGAUCGUGUCUCUGACGAGGAAUCGGGGCAAGGGUGGCGGCGUCACGCACGGGCUGCGACAUGUGAGGGGCGAGUACGCGCUCUUCGCGGACGCGGACGGGGCGUCGCGGUUCAGCGACGUGAGCAGGUUGAUUGAGGGCUGCGAGGAGGUUGUCGACGGGUCACAUCGCGGUGUCGCCAUCGGCAGCCGAGCGCAUCUCGUCGGCAGCGAGGCGGUAGUCAAGGUAUGUCCUGUCCUGGCAUUUUUUGUCUUCUAUUUCCCGCGCCGAAUCAGAUCCAUACGUGCAUACUGACGUAGUCUUGCAUCGCCAUAGCGCUCCGCCCUGCGCAACUUCCUCAUGCGCUCGUUCCACCUCGUCCUGACCAUACUCACCCCGCCCGCCACGUCGCGCAUCCGCGACACCCAGUGCGGCUUCAAGCUCUUCACGCGCGCGGCGCUCCCGCACAUCGUGCCGUACAUGCACGCCGAGGGCUGGAUCUUCGACAUCGAGAUGCUCAUGCUCGCCGAGUCGGCCCCCGCCACGCCCGUCCUCGGCAGCGACGGCUCCGUUAUCGGCGCCAGCCCCGGCAUCAAGGUCGCCGAGGUGCCCAUCGAGUGGCACGAGGUCGGCGGCAGCAAGCUCAACGUCAUACAGGACAGCGUCAAGAUGGCCGUCGGCCUGGCCGUCCUGCGCGCGAGCUGGAUGAUGGGCGUGUAUCGGCGGCGGUUGACGUGAAGCGGAGGAUGAUGAGGUUCCUCGCUGGGGCCGGGAGGGGCCUGGGAGGGGGAGGAGCGCUUACAUAGCUGCUGUUCUCAGAUAUGGAGCCAUGAACAUGGUUCAGAUUCAAAAUACGUCUGUAGAUGACACAACGCAACGCAAACCAUGCGCGCUUGAAGCGCAUUUCCCGGAUUGGGAUGGGCACGUCGUACAUUGCGUUAAACGUAGAUCCAUUAGGCAUGUGGUGUGAUUCAACUUGGC